AUGUCUACUGUUAUUUCUCCUAAAACAAUCCAAAUUGCUAAAAUUUUUUUUAAACACUUGGACAAACGUGUUGCUAGACCAUCCCUCAAGGCGUUCUUCUUCGCAUACUUAUACGUUACUCUACCAAAGGUUCUCAAUCAUGUAAUUUUAUCUAUUCGUAAAAAGAAGUAUCAUGAAGUGUUACCUAGGGUAGUUAAAAUUUUGCUUAAUGCACUUAAUCCUUCCAAAUUCCCAAUGUUCGCAGCGAAGUUGGUUGCAGGUAUCAAUAUCUUAGAGCCAUUGAUCUAUAAAAUUUUAAAGAGAUCGAAUAUUGGCUCGGGCCCUGUGGAGCUUUUAUUUUUAUCCACUUUGGUUUCUUCAUUUAUAUCGAGCUAUGCAUCUUUUCCUAACUUUCAAAAUCACAUAUUGACAUAUGGAAGAUAUUAUACUUUGGAUUUGACGUUAUUGGUCUGCACGAGAGCAUUGGACACUGCGUUUUCGUCAGUAUUAUCGAAAUACAGCGAAGGAACAAAGCUAGGUAAGUAUGUGGAUGGAAAUGCUGUAUUGUUCAUAGUUUCGCUGAGCUUUAUAAUGUUUUCAUGGUUCUUCAGGCCUCACGCAUUGCCGCCUUCCUAUAGGAAGUGGAUUACCUCUGCAGCAAAUAUGGAUCAAGAAAUUAUUGAUGCUUUAAAGUAUUUAAGGGAUGGGACCUUGGUUUAUGGUGAAAACUGUGAGCAUGAGAAGGUAUUGGAAACCUACUGCGAGAAGUAUGGAGUUGACAAAUCGCAGGGUUCCUUGAUAUUGAACCAGCCUUUGGAUUGUAGAACAGUUCAUGCAUUCAAAACUGACAGCUGUGAAUUGCAUGCUCUUUGGAGAUUUGCUAGAGGUUUUUCGUUUGCAAUGAAGAUUUAUGGCCCAUUGAACGGUUUGAUGUUACUCUUCCCAGUAAAAAAUCAGAAAAUGACUCAAAGAUUGUUGUAUGCGUUGAAAUCUGCCAUGAGAUCUUCUGCAUUCUUGGGCGCCUUUAUAUCAUUUUACUGGUAUGGGGUUUGUCUUGCAAGAAAGAGGGUUUUGCCCAAGCUUUUUCCUGGUGAGCCAAUGACUAAAUGGGACAAUACAUACGCUCCAACUGCUGGGUCCAUCGCGUGUGGGUUUAGUCUGUUAGUUGAAUCGGUUCAGAGACGUAAGGAAUUGGCAUUAUUCGUAGCCCCUAGAGCCCUAGGUACUAUUAUUCCUCUGGAACCCACAUUGAGAAAUCUUAAAAUAGAGUCUGUUGUAUUUUCGAUUUCUUUAGCUGUGUUGGUUGCAUACAGCAAAGCAAACCCAAAAUUAGUGAGAGGAAUCUUUGGGAAAGGAUUAAAGCAAGUUUUCUCCAUUGACUCUUAUCAGUAA